CUGUGCAAACGGGGCCGUCCUAAGGGGACUUCACGCCUGUCUCCUGAGGUGGUGGCUCGGCUAGGCGAUGCCAACCUCAUGUACGCCAUGGGGCGCUACAGUGAGGCCAUUCCGCUGCUGGAGGCAGUGAUACGGGAGGCCCCUGCGGUGCCCGACAGCUACCAGACGCUGGCGCUCGUGUACGACGCGCUGGGGGAUAGGAAGAAGGCCGUGAACCUGAGCAUGAUCGCCGCGCACAUCACCCCUCAGGACACCGCGCUCUGGCGCCGCCUCGCUGCCUGGUCACUGGAACUGGGCAACCCCUCUCAGUCACUCUACUGCCUCUCCAAGGUGGUGCGGCGGGACCCAUCGGACGUGGAGGCGAGGUGGGAGCAGGCGCUGCUGCUGGCGGAGGCAGGGGACUACCGGCGGGCCGCGGCGGCACUGGAGCUCAUGCGCGCACACAGGGAGGCGGACGGGCAGCGGGAGGCAGAUGGGGAGGUCUGCAAGAUGCUGGCGCGGAUGUAUCACCGCAUCGACCAGUCAGACAAGGCCAUCGAGGUCCUCCAGUCCCUCCUCUCCUCCUCCUCCACCCCCGCCGCCCCGCUCGAUCUCACGGCUGUAAACAUUCUCGCCGAGCUCUACAUGACCAAGGGAAGCUUCCAGGAAGCGCUGGCGGUGGUGGAGCGGGCGCGGGCGUCGCUGUGUCCUGGGGAGGCCCUGCCGGUGGACCUGGGCGCCAAGGCGGGCACGUGCCUCGUGCGCCUGGGCCGCCUCACACACGCUCAGCCGUACCUGCAGGCGUUGGAGCAGGAAAGCGCAGGCGACUGUGCAGACCUCUUCACAGAGGCCGGCGACGCCUUCAUGGCUGUCGGCCGGGCGGCAGAUGCCGUCCGCUUCUACCGCCCGCUCUGCUGCCACUGGGAUGACGUGGCCCUCGCUGCUGCUGCUGCCGCCGCUGCAGAUGCUGCUGCUCGGGAUCUCAGGGGUGCUGCUGCUGGGGAUCCUGGGGGUGCUGCUGCUGCAGAGGCCGGUGGGGCAGCGACAGAGUCAGAGGGGCAAGGGGGAGGGGCGGAGGCGUUAUGGCAGGAGGUGGAGGGGCGGGCGGCGGUGUGGGUGAAGCUGGGAGCGGCGUGUGCUGCUGCUGACCGCGUGGAUGACGCCCUGCUCAUUCUGCACCGAGUGGAGUCUAGGGGCACGCGUGGUGCGGGUGGUGGAGGCUGGGGUGGGAGGGGUGGGUUCUGUGUUGUCUGCAUCGCUCUGCACCUUUCUGCACCUCCAUGCGCUUUCGUCUGUGUGUGCCUGCACCCUUGCUUGGCCCUUUCCAUCUCUAUUCUCUUCCCUCCUACACUCUCGUACCUCCUACACUACGUUCUCUUCCCUCGUCUCCACACUCUUCCCUCGUCUCCACACUCUUCCCUCGUCUCCACACUCUUCCCUCGUCUCCACACUCUUCCCUCGUCUACACUCUCGCCCCUCCUUUACACUCUCGUCCCUCCUCUACUGCUCUCUACCGAUUCACUGCCACCUUCCGUCCCCGCCCUUUCGUCGCUAGCAGCACUCUCUCCCAUCCUCACCGCCACCGGGCACCUGCACUUCCUCGUCCCUGCUGCCCUCGUGUCUCUGGUGGCGUGCCUGCCCUGGCUGCCCCACCCCCGGCUGCACCUCUCCUCUGCGCUCGCCCUCGCGGGUCGCCUGCCAGAGGCAGCGGCUGUGCUGGAGGGGCCGGGGGAGGGCGAGCAGGGGGGGGGCGAGGGGCAGCAGGAAGGGGCAGAGGCAGCACGGGGAGGAUCCCAGGGGGGGGCUUCCGCUGCCACAGGCUCUGCUGCCGUUCCGCAGGGCAGCGCAGUGGGUGGGGCGGGCGAGGGGGCGGGGGGGAGGAGGGGCGGGGCGGCGUGGUGGAAGCUGGUGGAGGUGCGACUGGCCAGGGCGUACCUGUGGGACAAGGCUGACAAUGCCAGCAAGUUCCUGGAAGUUGCGCUGCCCAUGGUGUCCCAGUCUAUGUGGGCAAUCGAGAAGAACGAGCGGAUUCUGUCGGCCUUCCGGGCGGCGCACCCGUGGUGGCGGGCGUGGAUGCGGCAGCUGAAGGCGCUGCUGGGCGAGCAGGCGAGGGAGGGCAAGGAGGGGCUGUACCGCGGGCUCAAGCUGCGCCUGCCGCGCGGCAUCGCGUGCCAGCUGGCGAAUCGGCGGCGCCUGGCCCGGCUGGCAGCAGAGGAGGCGGAGAGGCAGGCGGCACUGGGGGAGGGGAGGGGCGCGGGGGAGGGGGAGGGGGGAGCAGGAGGAGAGGGGGCGGGGAGGGCUGGUGGUGGUCGAGGGGGGAUUGGCACGGACUCAGUGCGGCUGCAGCUAGAGGUGAAAGGGCUGAGCGACUUGGGGCUGAAGGACGUGGACGAGCCCACGCUGCACGAGGUGCCGCUUCCUGGAAUCUUCUCAGACGACCAGCAGUUCGGCCUCCUGCUAAAGGUGGUGCAGGCUCUGCUGCACGAGGGCCGCCCCAUGGAAGCUGAGCGCCUCGUCGAGACCGCUCUUUCGCGGAACCUUCCCAAGCCCAUGCGGAAGCAGCUGCAGUCAGCCAUUGCUGAGGAGGCGAGCGGCAUGCUGCAGUUCGAGGUGGCGCGGGCCAUCAUCAGCGAGCAGCCUCACAGCAUCCGCGGCUGGUCGCUCUUCCACUCCCUCACCCUCCGGGGCACGGAGAGCAACGACCGGCGGGCCAAGUUCCUGCAGCAGAUGCGCAUGCGGCACCCGGCGUGCGUGGCGGCCAUGCUAGUGUCGGGGCACCACCAUGCGCUGCGCGGCCACAUGCAGGGCGCCUGCCGCGAGUACCUGCGCGCCCACCGCCUGCACCCCCACGACCCCCUCAUCUGCCUCUGCUGCGGAGUGGCGCUGCUGAAUCUCUCCCUGGGCUCGCGCCUGCGUGACCGCAGCCAGUGUGUGCUGCAGGGCAUGGCGCUGCUGCAGCAGUACGCGCAGCUGUCAGGCGACACUCAGCAUGUCCUGUCUGCUUUCCUGUGGCACAUGUCAGGAAGUGCAUUUCAACUUGGGUCGUGCGUUCCACCAUGUGGGUCUGCUGCACCUUGCCGUCGACCACUACAAGCACGUUCUCUCCUCCGCCACUUCACACCGGCACCCUGCCCCGACCGAGCAGCCGGGAUCGAGAAUUCGCAGAAGCAGGGAUUUCAAUAA